AUGUCCAUCAAAGCAGUCGUAUUCGACCUCGGCGGCGUUUGUGUCGCAUCGCCCUUACAUGCCAUCAAUGCCUAUGAAAAAGAACACGGCCUGCCGCAUAAUUACCUCAAUUUCAUGAUUGCAAAGUGGAAGUCCCCGAGCCCCAUGAAUCGACUCGAGAUGGGAGCCAUUGAAGCGGUCGAUGCCAAUUUCUACAAGCUGUUUGGCGAGCAUUUGUCGGAUCCUGAGGGUUACGAAGCGUACUUGAAGCAAUUUCCAGAAACAAAGCGUACAAAAGCGCCUGUUGUCGAUGGUGAGACGCUCUUCACUCGCAUGCUUGAUGCAACCAGUACGCCGAAUGAGCCAUUGAUUGCUUAUAUUCGGCAGCUCAAGGCUACAGGAAAGUACAAAGUUUGGGCCUUGACCAACAACUUUCCCAUCACGACAAAGACAGAUGGUAUGCUGCAUCCAUUGUUUGAUGGGAUCGUCGGCAGUGUGCAAGUCAAGCUCAGGAAGCCAGACCCGCGUAUCUAUCAGCUAUUGCUGCAGCGUCUAGACUUGCCUGCUAAUCAAGUCGUCUUUCUUGAUGACAUUGGUGCCAAUUUGAAGGCUGCAAAGAAGGAAGGCAUCAGGACAAUUCAAGUCGACUUUCGUACAACGCCCAAGGCGAUUGAGCAGCUUGAUGCCAUGCUUGGAGAGAACCUCAAGGCGAAGCUUUGA